CAGCGGGGGCUGGAACCAGGACUCCUGGGUUCCAGCCCAGCUCUGAGAGGGGAGUGAGGCCCAGCGGUUAGAGCAGUCCAGCCUCUCCACUUUCACCUGCCUACUUUUUUCAAGAAUGCAGAGCUCCUAUGGAGCCGGCGGGGGGGAGAAGGGCGUCCCUGAGGGGUCCCGGGGGUAUUACCGCACGGCCCCCUUCGACCCCCGCUUCCCCAACACAAACCAGACCCGCAACUGCUACCAGAACUACCUGGACUAUUACCGCUGCCUGAAGACACUGGGGGCGAAGGGAAAGGACACCAGGCCAUGCCAGUGGUACUACCGGGUCUACAAGUCCCUGUGCCCCAUCUCCUGGGUGAAGCGCUGGGAUGAGCAGCGGGACGACGGCUCCUUCGCUGGCAGGAUCUAGGCACAGCUGCACCUGGGGGUGCUGGGGGAGAGGCAGACCCCCCAGGCCCCGCCCUGUGGCGAGGCCCUGCCCAUUCCGGCACAUCCUGUGGCGACUGACCUCGCUGGCUCCUCACAGACCCACAAUAAACCCGCUUCUUGCAUAAUUUGGCU